ACCUUAACAAUUUACAAACCCAAAAUAACAAGAAAAAAAAAACGCGUUUUUUUUUUUUUUGGUUUUUAUUUUCCUUUUUAAAUAUUUUUGACCCCAAUUCAAAGACAACAUUGGACGACAAAGAAGAGGGAACAAGAGCAAGAAGAGAAAGAGAAAGAGAAAGAAUAAAAAAAACAUAAGAGAGAAAUGGGAGCUUACAGGGCGGAUGAUGACUACGAUUACUUGUUUAAGGUUGUCCUGAUCGGUGACUCUGGUGUUGGAAAAUCCAACCUUUUGUCUAGAUUUACAAGAAACGAGUUUAGCCUUGAAUCUAAGUCUACUAUUGGGGUUGAGUUUGCCACCCGUAGCAUUCAUGUUGACGAUAAAGUUGUUAAAGCUCAGAUUUGGGACACUGCUGGACAAGAAAGAUAUCGUGCAAUAACCAGUGCAUAUUACCGUGGUGCUGUUGGUGCUUUAUUAGUCUACGAUGUCACCCGUCAUGUUACAUUUGAAAAUGUAGAAAGGUGGUUGAAGGAACUUAGAGAUCACACUGAUGCCAACAUUGUGAUUAUGCUAGUUGGGAACAAGGCAGACCUGCGUCACUUGCGAGCAGUUGCCACCGAAGAUGCCAAAGCUUUUGCCGAACGAGAGAACACCUUUUUCAUGGAAACAUCUGCACUAGAGUCUCUGAAUGUUGAGAAUGCCUUUACAGAAGUGCUGACCCAGAUUUAUCGUGUUGUAAGCAGGAAAGCUCUUGAUAUCGGAGAUGACCCAGCAGCUUUACCCAAAGGCCAGACGAUCAAUGUUGGAUCAAAAGACGAUGUAUCAGCCGUGAAGAAAGUUGGAUGUUGCUCAGUUUAAGCACGUAGAAGAAGUCUUAGAGAUAUUUAUCUUUGAAAUCUUAUGCCUUUGUUCACAUCUACAUAGAAGUUUUUCCUGACAGCAAAAAAAGGCGAACAUCAACAAUGUAUUAACCAGUUGACAUUGUGCUUUGCAUCAUGCUAAACACCAGUCGUCUAUGUUAUCUUCAACUCUAGGACUUAAGAUUAAUGGUUUACGUUGCUUUUCUUUGUUAAGCUCAAACAUUUUACUUUUGAUUCCUUCUUUGUUCAUUGCUUUAACCGCUAAACCAUCUUUAAUUAUGUAUGGUUCAAUUCGUUUUGAAUCAUUGCCUGACGAUUGGCUUUUGAUGGAACGCCUAAAUAAUAUGCUUUGAGCAUGUGAUGCAGGAGGUAAAUCGUAUAUGAUAUGGCAUCUUGUUUGGUCUGCAGAUGCCAGAUUGACAAUUAGUCUUAUACAUUUUCGUAAAAGAUUAAAACUA